AAUUUACACUCGAGAUAUAAAUUUAUCAUAAAAGCUUUUCAAGUUUACAAGUCAAUUAUAAAUAAUUAAGCAAAAUGUUGUUAAAUAAUUUAUUAUUACUAUUAUUAUCAUUAACAACAACAAUUGAUUUAUCAUCAUCAUUUUAUUUGGCAAAUAAUAUAAAAUUUCCACUACGAAAUAUUGAUUAUUCAAUUGAUUUGGUCAACAACAGCAUGGUCAACAGUUGGCAUAAUCAUCAUCAUCAAGUAUCAUCAUCAACGUCAAGAGGAUUUAAUAGAAAAAAAACAAUAAUACUGCCAACUGGUGAAUGUAGUGAUAUGAUAAAUCGUGAUCUCAAUUUAAAUAUACCUGGAGCAGCUCCAACAAUAUUAUAUCCAUGCUUUAUUGAUAGUUGGCGUGUUUCAUGUUUGAGUAUUCCAGAUAGUCAAAUUGAGCAUAUAAGUGUUGGUGCAUUUGAUGCUAUGCCAAAUUUAUUGUAUUUAGAUUUAUCAAGAAAUCGUAUUGAAUUUUGUGAUCUAUUGACAUUUGGUGGUCAUGAUAAAUUAAAAACACUUGUUUACGAUGAAAAUAAUAAUUCAUAUGGUAAAUAUACAAAUUUAAUACUUGAAAAAUCUGGAUAUUUUCCAAAAUUAAAUCAUUUAUAUUUACGUAAUAAUUAUUUACGUGAUAUUAAAGUAUCAAUUGCAAAAUACAUGCCAUCAUUGACACAUUUGUAUUUAUCAGAUAACAAAUUAAGUGGUGAAACAUUUGAUAAUAUUGAAUUACCAAAUUGCCUAAGUCAUCUUCAUCUUGAACGGAAUUUAAUUAACAAAUUUGGUUGUAAUACAGAUUAUUACAAUCGUUGUCAAUUAAAUAAUAAUAACAAUGAAAUAAAUCUUGUAUCAUUAUUUCUUGAUGGUAAUAAUAUCAAAACAUUGUGUUCAAAUUAUUGUAAUAUUAAUAGUAAUAAUAAUAAUCAACUUAAUUUACAUGCUAUGAUGAAAAGAUUGGAAUUUUUAUCAUUAUCACAUAAUGCCAUUGGCAUUAUUGAUCGUGACACUUUUGAGGAUGCACCUUAUCUCAAAAGUAUUAAUAUUGCACACAAUGAAAUUCGAUAUAUUUCACCAGGGACCCUUGAUAGACUUGACAAUUUACGAGAUUUAUCAUUGAGCUACAAUAAACUAACAACAAUAUCACAAAUAUUUAAUAAUGUCAAAUAUUUAACAAGUCUAUCAUUGGAUCAUAACGAAAUUAGUCAUAUUGAAAGAGAAUCUUUUAAACAAUUGCCUUAUCUCAAGUGGCUAACAAUUGGUGCAAAUAAAAUUAAUUUUAUUGAUACAAAUGCAUUUAUUAAUUUACCAAUACUUGAAGAACUUGACUUGUCUGAUAAUGAAUUAUCUUAUUUACCAAACAAUUGGAUAAUCAAUGUGCCAGCAUUACGUAAAUUAGAUAUAAGUAAUAAUUUUUUUACAAAUAUUGAAAGCAUCAACAUUGAUAAUCAUUUAUUGACGUCAUUGCAGUUAUUGCAAUUAUACAUACAAAAUAAUCCAUUAUCAUCAAAUAUAUUGUAUUGGAAAAAUUCACACAAUGCAAUUAUACUUGAUAAUAAUAAUAAUAAUAAUAAUAAUAAUUAUAUAAUACCAAGAUAUUGCAACGAAUGGAGAUAUGUUUAAUGUCAUUUUAUGUAAUUUAUAUUUAAAUGAAAAAAAAUAAAUAUAAAAUAUUAUUACUGCCUAUAUGUAUAUAGAUUUUUUUUUAUUAUUUUUAUGAUGAUGAAAUUAGAAAAAUAAGAGCCUAAUGGGUGUGGAAAGUAUAUUAUUGUUGUGAAUCGAGUGAGCUUGCAAUGCACGAUGGGGUGAAAUUGCAAGCAUGCGCUUUAUCUUGUUUUUCAUAGGAGUGAUGUUUAUCAGUGUAUAGGUAAAUACAUAUAGCAAAGAGGAAAGAGAAAUGAAAUAGUUUAAUUUGACCAAGAACAAGCAUGACUGAGACAAAAGCAUCACCACCACCACCACCACCACCAACAGCAGCACCAGGAGGAGCUUUGGUGUGCCUGGUGCGGCUCGUUUUUUUGCUCGCUUGCUCGUUUGCUCGAUUCACUACUCUACUCUCAACUGCUUAAAACUUGCACACAUAAACUGCUUUGACAACAUCAGUAUUACCUCAACCCUCGAAGGCUGCUAUUACUACCCCGUUUAUCUUUCUCUCUAUUACUUGAACUCUUAAACUAUAUUUUUAAUUUUCUUCUUUUCGUCCUAUUUAUUUAAAUGUUUUUUCGUAUUAUUAUUAUUAUUAUUUAAUAAUGAAAAUUAUUAAAACUGCCACAAGUGAUAAAAUAAUAAAAUUAUUAUUGUUAUUAUAUUGUUACAAUUGUUGAAAAAUUAAUAAAUUGUUGUUGUUGUUGUUGUUAUUUUUUUAUAAUAUACAAAAAUAAAAAAAUGUUAUAAAUAUUGUUCAAGUGCAAUUGUUAAAAAAAUAAAAAAAUAAAAAAAUGUCACUCUAUUCGACAAAUUGUUCAGAGGGUCUUAUUGUACCUUUGUGGUUACCAUCAGAUAAUUUAUAUUUAAGUGAUAUUAUAUUUCGUGGUACAGUAUACUUUUUAUUAUUAUUAUAUUUAUUUAUUGGUGUAUCAAUAAUAAGUGAUAGAUUUAUGGCUGCAAUUGAAGUUAUAACAUCAAAAGAAAAAGAAUUAAUUGUACGUAGAGAUGAUAAAGAACCACAAAUAAUAAUAGUACGUGUAUGGAAUGAAACUGUUGCUAAUUUAACAUUAAUGGCACUUGGUAGUAGUGCACCUGAAAUAUUGCUAUCAAUUAUUGAAAUAUGGGCUAAAGAUUUUAAUGCAGGUGAAUUGGGACCAGGUACAAUUGUCGGUUCAGCAGCAUAUAAUUUAUUUGUUAUAAUAGCACUGUGUGUAUUUGUCAUUCCAAAUGGUGAAAGUAGAAAAAUUAAACAUUUACGUGUAUUUUUUGUAACAGCAACAUGGAGUAUAUUUGCAUAUGUAUGGCUAUAUAUUAUAUUGGCUGUAUCAAGUCCAGGUGUACUUGAAGUAUGGGAAGGUUUAUUGACAUUUACAUUUUUUCCAGCAACAGUAUUAACUGCAUAUAUUGCUGAUAGACGUUUACUUAUUUAUAAAUAUUUACACAAAGGUUAUCAUAUGAAUAAACGUGGUGUUAUUGUACAAGGUGAAGAUGGUAGUAAUAGUGAUAUUGGUGGUCAUGGUGGUGCAAGUGGUGUUGAACUUGAUAUUAUUAAAAAUGAAAAAAUUAAUUAUUUGCAAAAUGAUGAUGAUAAUAAUAUAAAAAAUCAUCGUCAUAGUAAUGUUAGUAAUAUUAGUAGUAGUGGUGGUAGUAUUAUGAAUCACUAUGAUAAUGAUUUUGAAGAUACAAGAAAAGAUUAUAUUAAAUCAUUACGUCAAUUGAGAAAAAAAAAUCCAACAUUAACACUUGAACAACUUGAAGUUAUGGCACAUGAAGAGGUACUUGGUAAAGGACCAAAAAGUCGUGCAUUUUAUCGUGUACAAGCAACACGAAAAAUGGUUGGUGCUGGUAAUUUAAGUAGAAAAAUAAGUGAAAGAGCACAAAGUGAUUUAUCAGAAGUUAAAGCUGAAUUACAAAAAAGUGCUGAAGCUGAAAGUAUUGAUAUUGAUCAAAUAAAUAUAACUAAAGUUUAUUUUGAUCCUGGUCAUUAUACUGUUAUGGAAAAUGUUGGAUCAUUUGAAAUUGGUAUUGCUAGAAGUGGUGGUGAUUUUAAUACAACAUGUACAACUGUUGAUUAUUGCACGGAGGAUGGAUCGGCUGAGGCUGGAUCUGAUUAUAUUAGUGCAAAUGGUACACUUACAUUUCAACCAGGUGAAACAAAAAAAACUAUACAAUUAUCUGUUAUUGAUGAUGAAUUAUUUGAAGAAGAUGAGCAUUUUUAUGUCAAAUUGAGCAAUGUUUCAAAACCAGCAAUUAUUGCUUCACCAAGUAUGGCAACAGUUAUGAUUCUUGAUGAUGAUCACAGUGGAAUAUUUGGUUUUCCAGAACGUGAUGUUGAUCUCAUUGAAAGUGUUGGACAAUAUUCCCUGAGGGUUGUACGUUACAGUGGUGCACGGGGACGUGUUUUAUUGCCAUAUAAAACUGUUGAAGGCACAGCUAAACCAUCAAAACAAUAUGUUCACACGGAAAAUUCAUUGGUAUUUGAAGAUAAUCAAACAGAAAAAAGUAUAAUGCUUGAAAUAAUUGAGGAAGAUUCAUAUGAAAAAGAUGCACUUUUUUAUGUUGAACUAGGUGAACCACAACUACAAGGCGCGGAUGCAGGUUUGGCAGCAUCAGCUGAAUCAAAACUACCAGAAGACAGAAGUGAAGAUGAAAAAAUGGCAUUACUUGGUAAACCUCGUCUUGGAGAAAUAUCAACGGCACAAAUAAGAAUAAAAGAAUCAAAAGAAUUUAAAAAUACUGUUGAUAAACUUGUACAAAGAGCCAAUGCUUCAAUUAUUCUUGGAACAAGCUCAUGGAAGGAACAAUUUACGGAAGCAUUAACAGUCAGUGGAGGCGGUGGUGAUGAUGAUGAUGCUGAUAAUGAUUCAAAUAAAGAAGGUGGUAAUGCUGAACGAAAUUCACCCUCAAUCGGAGACUAUCUCAUGCAUUUUCUCACAUUGUUUUGGAAAAUACUAUUUGCCUUUGUUCCACCAACAGAUAUUGCUGGGGGUUGGCUAUGUUUUGUCAUCAGCAUUGUUGGAAUUGGAAUAGUAACAGCAAUUAUUGGUGACAUUGCAAGUUAUAUGGGUUGUGUACUCCAUGUUAAAGAUUCUGUUACUGCUGUUUUGUUUGUUGCACUUGGCACCAGCAUACCUGAUACAUUUGCUAGUAAAGUUGCAGCAUGUCAAGAUAAAUAUGCUGAUGCAAGUGUUGGAAAUGUAACUGGUAGUAAUGCAGUUAAUGUUUUUCUCGGUAUUGGAAUUGCUUGGAGUAUUGCUGCAAUAUAUCAUUCGUAUCAUGGAAAUGAAUUUAGAGUUGAGCCUGGAAGCUUGGCAUUUUCUGUGACAAUUUUUUGUACAGAGGCAUGUGUUGUUAUAAUUGUACUCAUGUUGAGACGAUCAAAAUCAAUUGGUGGUGAACUUGGAGGACCAUUUACACUUAAAGUUAUAACAUCAAUAUUUUUAUUUUCAUUAUGGAUAUUUUAUCUUGUAAUGUCAAUACUUGAGGCCUAUGGAGUUAUCAAAGGUUUUUAAAAAAAAACCAUAAUUAAUAAUUAUUUAUUACAUUGGCCUACAAUUAAUUAAUGAAUAUAUAGGUAGGUAUAUAUAACCCGGUCAAAAAAUAUAUGGCAUAUUAAAUUCAAUCUCAACAGAGAGGUUGGCCUUAAUCAAUCAAUGAAAAAAACUAAAAAACUAAAAAACUAAAUAUCAAGGCCGUCGCAAGCAAUUAAAAUUGAUAAACGAAAAAUAAUAAUAAUAGUUAUAAAAUAAUUGAAUUGCAAUGAAUAUAUAUAUGCAGUUGAUAUUGAUAUAUAAAUUAAAUUAAAUUAUAAAUUAAUUAGUUCUAUAUAGUAUUUUUUUUAUUUUAUUAACGUUAUUGUUAUUGUUAUUUUUUUUUUUUGUUGACUGGUGGUUGAUAAUAAUAAUAAUAAUAAUAAUACUGUUAUUAAUUUAAUCUGAUAUAUAUAUAAAAAAAUAAUUAAUUAUCACAACAGAGUCGAUGCACAAUUUUUAAAUUAUUCAUUGUUCCACAAGGUGGUUUUUUUUUUUUUUCUAUUAAUUUGGAUAUAAGUAUAUUGAAAAAAUUAAUAUUUUCACUUCCUUGAAUGUCUGCCAAUAAUAAUUAAAAUAAAUGAAAAAAAAAAGCAAUUAUCUAUAUCGUUGUGUUGAAGUAAAAAAAGCCAAUAUACAUCAAGAAAACUUUCAUCAACUUUUAAAUAAAAAAAAUAAAAUGUACAUGGUAUAACUUGACACAAUCUCCUCGAUCGAUAUCUAAUGUAUAAUCUACGUAGACAUUUACGAACCGUUGCAUAUUUCAAUUGAGGAAAUUGAAAAUUCAAAUGAAUGUUUCAGCAUGAAGACUCUAAAUUGCAGCUUAUUUUUUAUUUUUUAUUUUUUAUUUAAAUACUUGAUGAAAAUUAUAAAAUAGUAAUUAAAAAAAUUUAAUUAAAUUAAAUGAAUAAAUAAUCUCUCCCAUGUCAUGACAUAAUCAUAAUAAUAAUUUUAAAAAAGUAACAUGUAAAUAUUACAUACAUAUAUGAAAAUGUAGAAUUUAAAAAACUUUGCAUGCCCUACUUUCCAC